UGGAGUUCAAGUGCGGUGUCGUGUUGCGUGAUCUCCAGCAGCUAUCCUCAGGAAACCAACCAUCCUCCACUCACUGACCAUCAGCGCUGAGCGCAACAGCCAAGUGCGCUGUUUCUGUCUGUAGUGUACACUUUUGGAGAGGAGGAAAGAACAAAAAAAAAGCAGCAGGAAUAAAACUCCUUUCGUAUUUUAUCUUUGAAAGCCGCUUGCUGCAUCGGAGUCGCCAGACAUGAUGAACUGUAUUCUCAUCUGCCUGUUAUGUGGAUUGUAUGGUGUUUUAGCAAAAGAUAGAGAACACAAGGGGAAAUACAGCGUCCCUAUCCUGGAUGUGAAAGCUCGGCAGCAGGUCCUGGACACCAACCAGACACUACGGCUCAGCUGCAGGGGUCGCUGGGAGCUGACAUGGGCGUUCCCGUCGGGUUUGGCUCGAGAUCAGGUGCAAGUGGAGGAAUCUCGCUGUGGGAGGAAAAGCCAGCAGUACUGCAGCCGUUUGACGGUCAGCCGCAGCCAGGCUCAGCACACAGGCCCUUUCCGCUGCAGAUAUCGGCACCGACUUCGAAAACAGACCUCUGUUUAUGUAUAUAUCACAGACAGCCAGCGGCCAUUUGUGGACCAUCCGGGACUGAGCCCCGGUGUGUUGUUCCUGAAGGAGAAGCAGCCGCUGGUCAUCCCCUGCCGGGUCACCCACCCCAACAUCACCACCACGCUAGUUAAGUUCCCCAGCCACAGCCUGAGUCCAGACCAGAGGAACAUUAUCUGGAACAGCAAACAGGGAUUUACCAUACGAACUCCCACCUUCUAUUACAUCGGCCUCUUCUUCUGCCAGACCGUCAUUGACAACGUCACGCACAAGUCACAGAAAUACUUUGUGCAUAGACCAGUGAGUAACAUCAUGGAUGUAUAUCUGAAUAGCAGUGGGCCUGUGCAGGCACUGAAGGGAACGAGACUGGUCUUGAACUGCACUGCCACUGGGGAGUUGAACACCAGAGUCAACAUCACCUGGGACUACCCCGGAAAGAAUAACAACGCCGGCUCCACUUCCAAGAGGCUCCUGAAACACAGAACGCACAUGUUAUUCUACAAUAUCCUGACAAUCCCGAAGCUCCAGCGAUCAGACCGAGGCCUCUACACAUGCAGAGUCACCAGUGGUGAAAACACCAAGCAACAGAAAGUCACUGUUAUCGUAUAUGACCGUCCGUUUAUCCAUCUGAAGCCCAGAAAUGGAUCUGUGAUAGGGGCUCAAGCAGGACAGAAAUCCUACCGAAUCUCUCCCAAAUUAAAAGCGUUCCCUGCACCUGAAGUCAUCUGGCUUAAAGACGGCAUGGUGGCAGCAGAGCAAUGCUCCAGAUACCACAUGAAGGGGAGUUCCCUGGUGAUCCGGGAUGUUGCAGAGGAGGAUGCUGGGAAGUACACCAUCCUAGUACGAAUCCAGGAACACGGACUCUACCAGAAUCUCACGCUCACUCUUUUUGUCAAAGUGAGUCCUCAGAUAGGGGAGAAAGCGGUGUCAUUGCAGGACCCGGGCUCUGUGCCACGAGGAAGCAGACAUGCCUUGCACUGCACGUCCCAUGGAGUCCCUCCUCCACACAUCCAGUGGCUCUGGCAUCCCUGUCCACCCAAAGGCCUGUGCAUGUGUCCAACGUCCUCCUCACUUUGGCACCCUGUGACGGAGAGCGUCCCCGUCACGUCCACACACAACCACAUCCUGAGUGUUACUCACAGACUGGAAGUGCUUCAAGGGAAGAAAAAGACAGUGGGGGUCCUGACUGUGGCAGAGGCCUUUGUGUCUGGAGUGUAUCGCUGCGUUGCCUCCAACUCUGCAGGCACAGACCAGCUAGACAUCCACUUCUACAUCACAGAUGUCCCAGGAGGCUUUGGUGUAAACCAGCAGGAGGAACCAAGAGAGGGCGGGGACCUACAUCUCACCUGUGUAGCCAAUAAAUACCUGUACACAGCGCUGUCAUGGCAGCGGGUGAACGACACAGAGGAUGUCCAGCCGCACAGUCGUGCCCUAAGUAGUCAGCAGCUCACAUCAGGGGACUUUUCCAACUCUCUGGUCCUGUUGCUAAGCAACCUGACAGCCAGAGACUCUGGAGCCUACAGGUGCUCUGCCCGCCACCUCGUCACCAGACAGGAAACGCAUCUGGACACACAGGUGGCGGUCACAAUUCUGGAGCAUCCAGUGCUGCGUAAUAAUUUGACAGAUUGUACUGUCAAUGUUAGCAGCUCAGUGACCCUCAGCUGUCCAUCUCAAGGCGUCCCACCACCUACCAUCACAUGGUACAAAGACGAACAUGUUCUGUCACAGGGAUCAGGUAUUGUCAUUUCACCAGAAGAUGGGACCCUCCAUAUUGACCGAAUCACAGUGGAGGACCAGGGUCUGUAUACAUGCCAGGCCACCAAUGAGAGGGGAUCUGCAGAGAGCUCUGCCUACGUAUGGGUCAACAGUGCCUCAGAAACCUCAUUUUUGGAAAUUCCAACUCUCACCUGUACCUGUGUGGUGGCCACUCUCUUCUGGCUUUUGCUCACACUCUUCAUACGGAAACUGAAACAGCCCAGCACCUCAAACACCAAGCCAGAGUACCUGUCAAUCAUUCUGGACACAGGAGAAGGGCCCAUAGAGGAGCAGUGUGAGAGGCUGCAGUAUGACCCCAACCAGUGGGAGUUCCCUCGGGAGCGCCUCAAAUUAGGGAAACCUCUGGGCCGUGGAGCCUUUGGUAAGGUGAUGCAGGCAUCUGCGUUUGGUAUAGACAGUGCCACCAGCUGCAGGACUGUGGCUGUUAAGAUGCUCAAAGAGGGAGCCACAGCCAGCGAGCACAAAGCUCUGAUGACUGAGUUAAAGAUCCUCAACUACAUUGGACACCAUCUGAAUGUAGUCAACCUACUGGGAGCCUGCACCAAGCCAGGAGGACCACUGAUGGUCAUUGUUGAGUACUGUCGCUAUGGAAAUCUCUCUACCUUCCUGAAGAGCAAGAGAGAGGUUUUCGUGCACAACCGGUUGGCUGGGGGAAAGGAUGGAAAGCCAAGUUGUGUCAGCAAUGAAUCUGACAGCCAGAGCAACAAUAGAACAGAGUUUGAUCAUGAAGACAAGGAAGAGACUGACCUUGAUCCUGAAUCUUCAUCCAACUCUCCUCUAUUCCUGGAGGAGCUCAUCUCCUUCAGUUUCCAGGUGGCACGUGGAAUGGAGUAUCUUGCCUCUCGCAAGUGUAUUCACAGAGAUCUGGCAGCCAGGAACAUUCUGCUGUCUGACAAUAAAGUGGUGAAGAUCUGUGACUUUGGCCUGGCCAGAGACAUCUACAAAGACCCGGACUAUGUCCGCAAGGGAGAUGCCCGCCUCCCUCUGAAGUGGAUGUCUCCCGAGUCCAUCUUUGACAAGGUGUUCACCACCCAGAGUGACGUAUGGUCCUACGGCAUUCUGCUGUGGGAGAUCUUUUCUCUGGGAGCUUCCCCAUACCCUGGUCUUCACAUAGAUGAGGAGUUCUGUCACAGACUGAAGGGGGGAACUAGGAUGCGAGCGCCAGAGUACAGCACGCCUGAGAUUUACAGCACGAUGCUGGCAUGCUGGGAGGCCAGUCCCUCAGACCGACCCACCUUCUCUAACCUGGUGGAGACACUGGGAGACCUGCUGCAAGCAAGGGUUCAGCAGGAUGGGAAAGAUUAUAUUCCUCUGGGCUCUUUCAUGACUGGAGACACAAAUUGCAGCGAGACCUUGAAAGAAAACCCGGUUGCAGUCACAAACCUGAGUUACAUGAGGGGUAUGGCCACACUUCAGACAUUUGAGGAACUGCCCUGCGAGGAACCCGACAACGCUGAUGAUGAGCAGAGCGACAGUGGUAUGGUCCUACCAUCUGAGGAACUGAGGCAUAUGAUGUGGAACAACGACUCUAAGACCAGGAAACUCAGCAGGUUCUUCAACUUCAAGUGUCGGGACAACCAGGUGCCCUUCCGACACAAUGACACCACAGUUCUCCAUGACUAUGAGCCAUCUGUCUUGCCAUGUGACUGGGAGUCUGACGAGGACGGCUCCCCUCCUCCGGACUACAACUCUGCCUUCCUCUACCCCUCUCUUUAGCAUCUGCUCUUGCCUAAUUAUUUAAUGUCUUAACACAAGGUAAAUAAAUUUUCCUGCUCAUCAUUUUUACUCAGAACUUAUUCUGCUUUUUUUUUGAACACUCGCCAUUUUCAUCCGCUACCUCAUUUAUAAUAUCUGAAGGUAAUCCCCUGUCCUCCAUCUUCCGUCACUUAAGUUCUCCCUUUUCCACCUUCACUAAAACUACAAAAAAAAAGUUUAAAAACAAAACAUUUAUUUGCUUCUUCUCAGUUUCUCUAAAUCGCAUGCUGUUACACAACAAAGCUUCCUCACAAUGAUCAAGUAUUAUCUUAAUGCAUUUCCACUCAACCCUUUUCAAGAGCAGCUAAGUAUUACCUAACAGUAGAUACCCCAUGCAAUUAUGAAGAAUGUAUUAACCAAGCUACAGCUAUUACAGCUUAUUAUACUGGUACCUCCUGCUCUGAGCUUUGUGGAAAAAGGAACACUGCUGUAUGAAAUAACUGUUCCUCUUACACAGCUACUGUAUGCUGGACGAAAGUUAAUACCCACUGAGAUAUAGUAUGUGUUAGACAGAAUGUAUCUAUCUAUAUUUAUUUUAAUGAUGUAGUCAUGUCAUGGAUGAGUCACUUGUUAACCUUUACUUGUUGUUUAAGACUGUAUCUGAUGGAAAAAUAACGGGAUGGAUAUACUAUGUCAUAUAUUAGCCUACGCCUUUGUUAUAUGUUUUGACUCCCAUUCUGUGCAGCCUGAGCUACAACACAGAGGCAGAUGCUCGAAAAAACCAGAUGCAUAUUUGCAUGUUUAGACUUUGUGACAAUCAGCUCAAAGGGGAGGUGGGCCUAGUGUGUAUAAAGAAGGCAUAGAAACUUCUCUCCUUUAAGUAUUACAAAGAAACCCUUUUGAUUUAUGGUUGAUGUAUGCUCCUUCUUGCAAAAAUAAAAUACAGAAAAAUCUGGUUGU